CUCUUCAACAAAGACCAGACAAACUCAAGUCUGACAAAAAGACCUCUACACGACAGCCUUCCAGAAGGCAACACUUUUUUUUUUACCACAAGUUAUCAGGACAUCGCAGACGACCUUUAGACCUUCUAAACUGCUGACAGGCCUAUGAUUUUGGUCAGAGAUGAAGAAUCAUGAGGACUUACGAGAGCGAAGGAAACCAGAGCUCCUCUGCUGAACAUGAAACACGAAACAACAACUGAAAACAACAACAGUAUUUUUCCUUUUUUUUAAAUGAAAGAAGCUGAACAACAUUAAUGAUUUUUCCCUCCAAGAAACCUAAGCUUCAUUGGCUGGAUUCUUUGCACUUCUCUCAUAUUUCUGUUAAUACUAAUUUUUUUUAACGACUUUUGAAGUAAAGCACAGCAGCAGUCCUCGACUGAAAACUUAAGGAUUUUUUCUAAUUAUUUUAUACAACUUUCUUCAGUGUUAUUGAAUUUAUUUUCUGCCCUAUUCAGGGUGAAUAAUUGUAAAUGAUGUGACAGAUCUCAUCAUUUAUUUUCAUGAUCAGGAAAAUGUUGCUUCGAUUACAUGCCUCCCAAUGCUGCUCUACAUAAUGUGAUGAAGAUUCACCUCAGUUUCCUGUUGCUUCACAUUUGAAAACUCAAUAGAAAGCAACAUUAAAGCAACACAAGCAGAAAAAAACAUCCACACCUGAAAACGAAAAAUGUCAACAAAGUGGGGUGAUACUAUCAAUGUGGAUCUAAGAUGGUGGACAGGACAGUUGACUGACGCAUUCCUGAUUGUGUUGCUCUGACUGGAAGACUGUGAACCUAAUUCUCUACUUCAUCUUAAACUCUUUGGAAGCGGGAACUAUAACCUAAUCAGAGGAAACAAAUGUUUGGAUCGUAACUCUUUUCCUGCUUAACCUCUGACGUUUGUUCACGUAGAUAAUGACAUUACUCCUUCUAAAAUCAGAAGAAGAUUUUUUGUAACUAGUGACACCAUGUUACCUGGAGGACAGGUGUCCUGUGGAGCCAGGAGUGGAGGCAGCAUCAGCAGCAAUGGCGGUGGGGGUCUUGGUGGCGGCGGCAGGUUGGGUCUGGUCCGGUGGCUCGGCCUUUGCCUGUGGUCUCGUCGUGGAACCCUGGUGUUUGCCCUGCUCUGGUUUGGCUCCUGGUUGUUCCUGAACGGCAUAGUCCUGGUCCACAGGAGCAUCAUGUCCGACUACUGCACUGACGACAAGAGCAAGAAGAUCCUGCAGCGUCUGUGUCGGGAGUUCAAGGAAGGCUCCGUGACCGGUGACAUGUGUGAGGAUCUGUGUGACCUCGGCAUGGUCGAGUACAAACGCUGCCUGUAUUACGAGAACGGAAAGAAAGUGAUUGAGGCCCACUGGAGAGGAAAACCCAUCAUCCUCAAGUCCAAGCUGGAGAACUUCUCCUCCUAUGAGCCACUGGCCAUCCUGGAUUACCAGGAUGCGGCGGAGGAGCUCUCACCCCUGGAUGUGAUUUUCUAUGCCACACUGGAAGUGCGCAACUCGCUGGGGCUAGCUGACAGAGAUGAGGAGGACAGGGGAGGUGGAGGAAGAGGAGGUGUAGCAGGAAGUAACAGCUCCAUCGCUAGACUCUGGGGGAAUAAGAUAAAAAACCGAGGCAAGACUUACUCAAAAGCAGAGCUAGCAACGCUGUGGUCGCUGCUGCAGCAGGAGGAAUACACGUUCCUCAGACUCCUGCAGGACCUCAGCACCCAUGUGGCCAAGGUACUGGGGUCCUGCGGUCAUUUUUAUGCAGUUGAGUAUCUGUCUGCUGGACAUGCCUGGGACCAGAACAUCUUCUCAAUGGAGGAUGUGGUGGUCUCUGGGCCACAGGGUCCUGACUGGGCCGGACCUCGUGGACGCUGGACCUCAAGGGCGAUGGUGCACCACAUUGCGCUCAGCUUCCUAGACAUGGUGUGGCACUUUGAUAAUGACUUCAGGCAUAAACUGCAUCUGUGUGACAUCAAACCUGAGAACUUUGCCAUCAGGACUGACUUGACGGUCGUAGCCAUAGACGUGGACAUGGCGUUCUUUGAGCCAAAGAUGAGGGACAUCCUGGACCAAAAUUGCAGCAGCGACGACGAUUGCAACUUCUUUGACUGUUCAUCUCGAUGUAACCUGAGCAAACGCAGGUGCAGCACUCGCAGACGCAACAGCAACCUGCAGGUGAUUUGUGAGAAGAUUUUCAGGCCAUGGUUUUCUCCUACUCUGCUGGGGGCCAAAGCAGGGCUCCCCCUUCAGGUGGAGCUGCAGCGAGCAGUGCAGGAGUGCUCAGAAACAGACAGAGGUGAGGAGGACAGAGAAGAUGAAGACCCACCAGGAGGAAGACGUGAAAGCAACAGAGACAUUUACCAGCGUCUCCUCAACAUCCUGACUCGCCUUCUGCACGAGAGCGGGGCGUCAGCGGAAGGAGGUGGAGAAUGGGAUGAGAAAGGUCAUGUCCACAGCGCACUGAACUUCUGAUGAAGAAGUAGGCAUCAAUGAAGGAAGCAUCGU